AGUGUCGACAGGAUAGAGUCGUCCUUCGACGCUGAUUAUUGUCGCCGAGUCCUUAGAGGUAUCCUUGGUGGUAUUUGUAUUGAAGAAGUCACGAAGUUGUUCGGCGUCCACCGUAGCUGAAGAAACUAUGACCUUCAAACUACGUCGUUUCUGUAAUUGGGGAGACGAUAGAUUAGAGGCAAUGGUUGAUGGAUGUGAACCUUUGGUAUCGGAUAUUCUCAUCUGUACAAUCGUCGAAUCUUAUGGAGUAUCCAACGACAGUACCAAGUAUGCAAUUCUGUUCAUCCGCAACCCGACUGGCCAAUGAAGUUGCUGCUACUCUUCUGGGUUCUGUGACACCGAUCACCUUUCCAUCGGCAGUCCAUCCCGCCUCCAAGAGAUACUGCAAAAGUUCAAUCCCUAGAAAUGCCUUGCCAUUGAACAGAAACUCCUGACCAGUCGUCACUGGAUCUACGUACAUACUAUGAACGCCCAGGAACCUUGGACUGAGAAAUUUUGGUGCCGAUGACUAAUCCUUUGGAAUUUUUCCGGCUACCAUUUAGCGAUGAAGGAGUUGAAUGACUGCAGUGGGCAAUGCAAAAUACUGAUGGAAGAUAAUUCAACUUGUUGCUUGAGUACAUCGAUACUAAGUAAAAGUUAUUGAGGCUCACCUGAGGAACUUGAGUGCUUUUGCCACAGCCAGUUUCACCGACGAGGACCAAGAGUAAAGAGAAGAUGAUGCGAGGUGCUAGACGAGGUUGCGUCAGACUUCGAGGAGCAGUCAUCGGUAUUGAUGAUGAAGAUGACAGCACAUUUACCAUAACUACUUCUUCGUCAAAAGAUGAUGCCAAAACCUUUCAUUUCCAAACACGAGAUGGUGAGGAACGAGAACGCUGGGUCAGAGCUCUAGAAGACACUAUACUGCGGCAUGCGCACGCGCGUUGGGAUCCUUUGAAGCCUCCUCCAAAACACGACUUCGAUCGCAAGGUUGCAGAAGCGGAUGUUUAUCUUCAGUUGUUAAUCGAUCAGAUAAAAUUGAUUGAAGGAAAAAAGGAGAGCAUUGCUGAAGGAGAGGAGGAAAAGCAAAAAAUUUAUACAGCAGUUUUAACUCAAGCCAAUGCGAUGCUUAAUUCGGUUAAACAUACUAUUGUUCAAUUACAAAUUGCCAAGAAUACGGCAAUACCUGUAAAUGGGAUAUACCGUGGCCCUGUAGAACCCGUUCAUGUUUUGCCUACUAUCACAAACGCUGCGGUGGGUGAUCCAGAGGCAUCUGUUCAGGCCGGUAUUGAAUUAGGUUCGGAAUGCAUCGAACCACGAGUACCAAGUUUGCCCAAUGCAAUUAAUCUUCUCGUGCCAGAGUUUUCUUACUCUUCGUCAGACGAAGAUGAUGACUACUUUGACGCGACUGAAGAAAUAGUGUCAUCCCCUGCCUCAACGCACAAUCACUUUUCUCUACGGCGUGCUACCAAUGAGAGAAAACAACAAGCAGCGGAAAGUAGUUUAGUCGAUAGCCGUAAGCCACUUCAUCCACCACCCGUCAAAGGCGAUGGAUCAUUGGAUUAUGACGCAUUGUACGAGGAGGAAAGCGAGCCGGAAGUGGACUCUAUGGAAACACAUGGAUCGGUGGUAGCUCAUUUAUUAUCACAGGUUAAAAUUGGUAUGGAUUUGACGAAGGUAGCCCUACCUACAUUCAUUUUGGAGCGCAGGUCACUUUUAGAAAUGUAUGCAGAUUAUUUUGCACAUCCGGAUUUCUUCCUGAGCAUAGCAGACAUGCCCACUCCAAGGGAGAGGAUGGUGCAGACAGUACGAUGGUAUCUCUGCAGUUUUCAUGCAGGACGUAAAUCAGGUGUAGCUAAAAAACCGUAUAAUCCAAUCCUAGGUGAAGUUUUUCGAUGUCAUUGGGACCUUCCUGAAACAGAUGGGACCACAAAAGCUAGUUGCAAAACUGUCGACGACGGCCCAAUACCUUGGUGUCGAGAAAAUCAGCUUACUUAUGUCGCUGAACAAGUUUCGCACCAUCCGCCAGUGAGCGCCUUCUACGCCGAGCAUUAUUCCAAAAAAAUAAGUUUCUCAGCGCAUGUGUGGACGAAAAGUAAAUUCCUCGGGCUUAGUAUAGGCGUGCAUAACAUCGGUAAAGGUUGGGUGAGCGUUUUGGAACAUGGGGAAGAGUAUGUCCUCACUUUUCCCAACGGCUACGGAAGGUCUAUUCUUACCGUUCCAUGGAUCGAAUUAGGAGGAACAGCAACGAUAACCUGUGCACAAACUGGUUACCAAGCGACUAUCGAAUUUAUAACAAAACCCUUUUACGGUGGUAAACGGAACCGUAUAACCUGCCAAGUACUUCAACCUGGCGAAAAAAAACCAUUCCUUGUUAUCAACGGAGAAUGGAGUGGGUCUAUGGAGGCGAAAUGGUUGGAUGGGAAAACCGAACUAUUUGCCGAUGUGAAAGAAUUAAAAGUGGAGAGAAAAAGGGUAAUACCAGUUUCCGAACAAGAAGAUAGUGAAUCGAGAAAAGUUUGGCGGGAGGUGACUGCUGGACUUAGAUUGAAUGACAUGGACCGUGCAACGGCAGCUAAAAGUAGUAUCGAGCAAAAACAAAGAGAUGAAGCUCGUAUACGUAAAGAAAAUAAUGUUGCCUGGCAGACUAAGCUUUUCAAAGAAACUAAAGAUGGUGGUUGGGCAUACGUAUCGCCUCUCUCCGACAGGAUCUCCACAACUUCGGAGCAGGUCAGCGCUACAUGAAAAAGAACACGUAGACCUAUUUGUAAGUGGUAAGACAAGGUAAAUUGUUGGUUAAUAAUAUUGCUGUCGAACGCAGAGCCUAAACUGUAAACUUCCGUGAUAAUCUAUCGAAGGGAAUGGCGAAAAAGGAGUGCAAAAAUCAAAUCAACUUGGGCUUAGAAGUAAUUCUAAAUAUUUUUAUGCUAAAUAAUUAAGAGAAUGAAUUAGGUGCUCGUAUUAGAAAUUCAAGUGAAAGAAAAUUCCAAAUGGGAGGGUAAUGGGUAAAAUUUUUCUUAAGACUACCAACAUUCGGUCUCCGCGUGGAGUUUAUGUUAUUGUAGACGAGGUAAAAUGAGGAUUGGGAAAGGAUGUAUAAAUGUAUAAUUAAAUCUGUAUUGUAACCAUGGAGCUUAUAAUUUGAUUAACAUAGCGGAUUACGAUGCGGAAAAUAAGUGGUCGGAUGAAUACCGUAAAUAGAGUGCAGCUAUCAUUCUAUUUUUUAUGGUUUUUUUUCCUGUUGAUAUCUAAGCAAUCAGGUACUGAGUGCGACUCAGAUACGCGUUCUAUCUUUGAACAUGCUCGACUAAUUUAUUACGUAGAAUUAGUGUACGUAUAAAUAUAUGUAUAAAUAGUGAUGAUGACUCAUAUCCGUAUUGAGAGUGAGUUCUGUUUUGUAAAAUAUAGGUAGUUCUUAUUAAUUUCAAAACUAGGGUUAGUUCUAACGUAGGUGAAAAACUACUUCUUUGUUUUGUGAAAAUAGAAAAGAAAUCGUGAAUUAAGACUGUCUGGCGAUCAAAGUAUAGAUGACGUAAACCCUGUUUAUUAGAUAUAUCUGUACCAUGGAAUAAUAUGGUUGAACUAUUCUUCAUUUGUAUACGACAUCUUGCUGUUAGUUAAUUAGUACAACAGGUACGAUAUAUUUUCAAUCAUCAAGUUAAAUGGUAUGUGAAAGUAUGCGGCGAUAGUUCCACAAAAAAAAAACAACAGAAUUUUCUUGACAAAUGUUUCUCUCAAAAUAUCUCGCCUAACGUAUAAAUCUCUUAACCCCGACAGACUACAACGGUCCAAGCGAACAAGUGCCCUUCCAAUAAAGAUAGCAGAUUAAAAUUUUGAACUGCUAAAAUAUUCUUUAGUUUUCUGAAAUCGAAUCCUUUUUUUUUUCUCUAUCUCGUUCGCUUUCUUUGUUGAUAAAUCCAGUUACUAUACAUAUGACCAGCAUAAUUGAUCAUAAGAGGAAAUCAUAGUUGAAAACAUCAGCUUGUUUUCCUGUUCCAGAUUAAUAAUUUGCAGAUUUUAUAUAACGCCAUCCAAAGUAACGAUAAUAUUAAUCUGGAUGCUAAAAAUUCGAUAAUUCUAGUUAAUUCAUUUCUGUCAAUCGUCUUAAUCUGACGUCAUUCUAAUCAUACAGAUUUUGCAUUAAUCAAACCAAACUGCAAACUUUUAUCCAACUCUUCAGUGAUAGAAUAUAGAAAAUUCUUUUCCUCUUCCAGGCAUCUAUUGAACAAAUGGAGUCUGAUAAUAAAAACGUUAUAUACAAAAUAA